AUGUCUGAAAAACAGACUCUCGAGGCUGCCCAUGGGACCAUCAGCGACGACCCUAUCGAAUGGGAAGGAGCUUUACAUGGAUUCUCCUUAUACCUCGGGGCCUUUGGGCUUGGCCUGGCUCUCUUCCUUACUGGCAUCGAAGUGACUAUUGUGAGCACAUCCUUGGUUACCAUCACCAAUGAUUUCGACGAUUUUGGUCGAAGCAGCUGGGUCAUCACGUCCUACUUGCUUACCUAUAGUGGAUUCCUUAUGAUCUGGUCGAAAGCCGGCGAUAUCUGGCGGAUGAAAACAAGUCUGCUCACUGCUCUCUUCAUGUUCACGGCAUUCUCCGGCGGCUGCGGUGGAGCACAAAGUCUCAGUCAGCUAAUCAUUUGCCGGGCACUUCAAGGGGUAGGCGGCGCCGGUGUAUACUCUCUCACGCUGUAUUCCUUUGUCCGUAUAGUCCCCUACCGACAGUAUGACACCAUAAGCUCUGUCGCCGGCGGUAUCUUGUCCCUUGGGCUUGUCCUUGGCCCUUUGAUUGGAGGCGCUGUUGCCGACAAGGGCAAUUGGCGCUGGGCUUUCUUGUGCAAUGUUCCAGCCGGGGCCUUUUCCUGGGUACUAUUGCUUGUCGUGCUUCCAGCCAAUUUCCCCAAUGCUUCGUCUGCUGAAGCAGCUUCACCUACAUACAAGAAAGUUGGGCUGAAGAUAAAGACUUUCUUGCAACGGGCAGACAUCCUCGGCGCUCUUUCCCUGUUGGCUGCGUCCUCAUUUGCUAUCGCAGCUCUGCAAGAAGGUAACUUUGAGUACCCAUGGUCGUCUGGCCUUGUAAUCAGUUUCCUAGUGAUCUCAGGAGUCUUCUGGAUCAUAUUCCUCUUGUGGGAGUGGUUUAUCGGUAAGAAGGGCCUGAACAUUUACGCAAUGUUUCCCUGGAGACUGGCGAGCAACCGGAUCUUCCUGGGCACUGCCCUGGGAUUCUUUACAACUGGCCUCCCACUGACUGUCAGUAUCAUCAUGAUCCCUCAGCGAUUUCAGAUCGUCGAUGGUUGUUCCCCGAUCGCCGCCGGAGUCCGGUUUCUAUCCUACGCGUUAACCACCCCAGUUGGGAUAAUGUCCUGCUCUGUUCUAGCCGGGCGCCUUAGGAUACCAUUCUGCUACAUUGCACUCGGCGGUGUAGUCCUCCAGGUGGUUGGUCUCUUCUUAUUUUCCGAAACUCCUUUCUCGACGGAGACCUCAGCUGCACAGUACGGAUAUCUUGUCCUCGCUGGACUCGGGACAGGUACCACUGUAGCGGCAUUCUACAUGAUGGCGCCCCUUGUGGUCGACGGCAAAGAUCAAUCAAUCGCUUUGAGCACCGGGCUCCAGCUUCGAAUGCUGGGUGGUGUCCUGGGCGUUUCAGCAGCUACUACCAUUCUACACGACUAUCUCAAGAAUCGACUGUCGGGGACCCUCAAUCCUGACCAACUCGACCUCCUGCUCGCCUCUAGUGAUACUAUUGGAAUGUUUUCCCCCUCUAUUCAACUUCAGGUCCGGGAGGCUUACUCGGCUGCCUAUAGUGCCCAGGUGAGACUUGCGGGAGGAUUCUCCGUGGCUCAGUUGCUGUCUGUCGCGUUGAUUUGGAAGCGCUCAAAUGUGCGGUAUCUCAAACGUUAG